CUACGGGCUCGAUCAAGUGGAGGAACGCAAGGUUUUAAAAAGACGGAAAUUGUAAAAAACCACCAGUCGCUGCACCGUGUACAUAAUAUAGGGUAGUGUGUUACAGACCGACAGACGUGCGCGAGUCACUUCGAAAGUGACUUUGAUUAUGUUCAAGAUGAAUGGUGGAUUAAAGAUAUUCUUGCUACUGACUGUUUCUGUUGUUAACGAGGCUGUGAGAGUCGGAAGCAAAGUAAAACACGAUGAUCAAUUAACAUCUUCUAGUUUCUGGACCAGCGAUUUUACAUCGCCCGAUCACCAGGAUUAUUUCACCACAGCUCAAAGCCUUGCGCAAACGCAUCCCGUAAAAGGAGGCGGGCCCACGAAACUCAACAGUCACACUUUUUCGAAACAUUUAAAUUACAGAUUAUCCCCUACGGAAGAACUCAGAAAAAAUCCUUCGCUAUCAUCACCAGAUGAAUGUGCUAGGGCUUGCAGAGAAGGAGAACCUCCAAAAAUUUGUUAUUAUCAUUUCACGCUAGAGUUAUACACAGUCCUCGGAGCAGCUUGUCAAGUUUGUACCCCGAAUGCGACCAACACAGUUUGGUCGAAUUGUCAAUGCGUCCUCGCCGAUGGUGUCGAAAGAGGCAUCCUCACAGUGAACCGCAUGUUACCCGGACCGAGCAUACAAGUUUGCGAAGGAGACAAAGUGGUUAUUGACGUCGAAAACCACAUGGAGGGCAUGGAAGUCACCAUACAUUGGCACGGGAUCUUCCAAAGGGGUAGUCAAUAUUACGACGGUGUACCUUUUGUAACACAAUGUCCUAUACAGCAGGGAAAUACGUUUAGAUAUCAGUGGAUUGCAGGAAAUGCCGGAACGCAUUUCUGGCAUGCCCAUACAGGUUUACAGAAAAUGGACGGUCUGUACGGGAGUAUCGUUGUCCGACAACCUCCUUCCAAAGAUCCUAACAGUUACCUUUACGAUUAUGAUCUCACCACACACGUGAUGCUUUUGAGUGAUUGGAUGCAUGAAGACGCUGCCGAAAGAUACCCAGGAAGAUUGGCUGUAAACACCGGACAAGACCCCGAAAGUGUUUUGAUAAACGGAAAAGGACAAUUCAGAGAUCCCAAUACGGGUUUCAUGACGAAUACACCCUUAGAAGUAUUCACCAUGACGCCGGGGAAAAAAUACAGAUUCAGAAUGAUAAAUUCCUUCGCUUCCGUAUGUCCGGCGCAAUUGACUAUUCAAGGUCACGAUUUGACCUUGAUCGCCACUGACGGGGAACCAGUUCAACCUGUCCAAGUUAACACGAUCAUUUCAUUUUCCGGUGAAAGGUACGAUUUCGUUAUUACCGCUAAUCAGAAUCCGACAGCGUAUUGGAUUCAAUUGAGGGGUUUAGGGGAAUGCGGUAUCCGUAGGGUGCAACAAUUAGGUAUAUUGAGAUACGCUAGGGGUCCUUAUCAACCAACAAGCGCUCCACCUACUUACGAUUUCGGAUUACCUCAAGGAGUGGUACUUAAUCCGUUGGACGCUAGAUGUAAUAUAGUAAGAAAGGACGCCAUCUGUGUUAGUCAAUUGAAAAACGCCAAGGAAAUAGACGCCGGACUACUUCAACCUCGACCGGACGUUAAGAUUUUCUUACCGUUCAGAUUCCACGUGUACACACCGGAAGAAUUAUUCCAACCCAAUACUUAUAACAGACAUUUAGUUGCGCCGAACGGAGACCACGUGAUAAGUUUGAUCGAUGAAAUAUCGUAUAUGGCGCCUCCGGCCCCUCUAAUAUCCCAGUACGACCAAAUCGAUCCGGAACAGUUCUGUAACGGUGAUAACAGACCACCGGAUUGCGGUCAGAACUGCAUGUGCACCCAUAAGGUCGAUAUACCCUUAAACGCAGUCGUCGAGGUCGUUCUAGUGGACGAAGUGCAACAGCCGAAUUUGAGUCACCCUUUCCAUCUUCACGGUCAUUCCUUCAACGUGAUCGGUAUCGGUAGAUCCCCCGAUCAACAAGUGAAAAAAAUCAAUUUGAAACACGCCCUGGAUCUGGAUAGACAAGGUCUUCUACAUAGACAAUUCAAUUUGCCACCGGGAAAGGAUACGAUCGCCGUACCUAAUAACGGAUACGUCGUUUUGAGAUUUAGAGCCGAUAAUCCGGGUUUUUGGUUAUUCCAUUGCCACUUUUUAUUCCAUAUAGUGAUCGGAAUGAAUUUGGUGUUCCAGAUCGGUACCCAGGCGGAUCUUCCACCCGUUCCGCCGAAUUUCCCCACUUGCGGGGACCAUAAACCCCCCAUAGAUACCAAAAUCGAUAAUAGCUACUAUGAUGGGUUUAAUUGAUUCGACAGGAUAUAGAUCGGGGUUGAAGCCUUUCGGGAAAGUGGUAAAAAUAUGUUGGGAGGAUGAAAUUUAUUGGUAGAGGAAUAGAAUGUGUGAAAAACAAUGAAAAAUAACGGUUUGUGGGUGAUUUGGAGUCGUGGAAUGGAAAGGGAUGCGGGAUUUAAGGGUGCGAAACGGUUUGUUUUGAUGAUUUCCGGGAAAACUAUAAGUGUUACGGAAAAAAGUUGUUAGUGAAAGUUUUAGGCCAUAAAAAGAUCUAAAACUUUUGUAUCUACACUUUUUUCACAUAACCUCAAAAUUUAAGAGAAAAAUUCAAAAAAAAAGAAACUAAACAAUUUUUGAAUUUUUCUGAUAAAUUUUGAGGUUAUGUGAAAAAAGUGUAGAUACAAAAGUUGUAGGCGGCGGUAAAAAGAUCUACAACUUUUGUAUCUACACUUUUUUCACAUAACCUCAAAAUUUAAGAGAAAAUUUGAAAUACAAGGUUUGAGUUUUUUUAUUCAAAAUAAAGUGGAAAGAUAAUUAAUUCAAAUAAAAAAAGUUACAACAUCUUUGUGACAUAAAAACAUAAGUUUUCACAAUAUUAAUCACGAUUAAUAAAUAGUUUUUUGUGAAAUAAAAAUAAAAAAAAUAUAAAUUCUGUUUUUUUGAGAUUUUCUCUUAAAUUUUGAGGUUAUGUAAAAAAAGUGUAGAUACAAAAGUUGUAAAUCUUUUUACUGCCUACAACUUUUGUAUUUACACUUUUUUCACAUAACCUCAAAAUUUUCUAGAAAAAAUCAAAUAACUAAAUUUUCAUUUUUUUUUAAAUUUUUAUCAAAUAGUGAAAAUAAUGUGAAAAGAUAAUUAAUUCAAAUAAAAAGAAUUACAAUCUAUUUGUGACGUAAAAAGAUAAGUUUUGACACAAUUCCAUGGUUAAGAAAUAUUUUUUUGUAAAAUAAAAAUAAAAAACUAAAAAUUCUGUUUUUUCCAAUUUUUCUCUUGAAUUUCGAGGUUAUAUGAAAAAAGUGUGAAUACAAAAGUUGUAGAUCUCCCUAUUACCAACAACUUUUCUCUAUAACAUUUUCUCAUAAAACCCAUGGUUUUCUCUUAAAUCGAAAUAAACCCUUAAAACCUCACCCCCUUCUAAUUUUCAUCAAAUUAUUUCAAUUUUGUCUUAUUAUUUCCCUUUCCCAAUAAAUUUCAACUUAAUAAUAUUUUUUUUUAUUUCAAAAUUUAUCAACCCUGGUCUGAUAAGGGUCUAUUGUUGUUUUGGUAUGUUAUAUUUGUAAUUUGAUGGUGAAUGAGUAGAAAACAUAAAACAAGAAAAUAAUUUUCCACACUCAAAAAUUGAAAUAAAUAAUAAUCAGGUUAUAUAAUUUUUUUUUAAAUCCCAAUAUUUUUUCAUUAUCAAUUUUUUUUGUUUUCUACUUAUUUGAUUUAAAACGAGCUACAGAAAAUUAUAACUCGAGUUACCUUUUUUGUUUGUUUUUAUUUAUUAAUUAAAAAUUUUAAGUUUCGAUCUUGCCAUCGUUUAAAAAAAUGUUAUUAUACAAUGUGUCCCACUAUAGUUAUUUUAUUUGGAAAAAAAUAAUUUAUCGUCAAUUUCAACGAGAAAAAAAACAAAAUUAUCAGGAAUUGAAUUUGGAUUAAUUUAUAUUAAAAAAAUAUAUACACAUUCCGUAUUAAUAAAUAUUUUUUCCUAUUAACCCUUUUUAGGUGACACUUUAUUUUUGGUAGAAAUUUGGAAAGAGUUUUUGCCCUGUAUCUCGUAAACUAACAACCUCACAGAAAAUUUCAUACGACAUUAUUUGUAGCAAAUCAAAUUUUCUACAACUUUCUUUCCAUUAUUGUUUUGUCCAAAAUGUAAAAUAAAGAAGUUAUAAACAAUAAUAAAACGUGUUCCUACAUCGCUAUUAAAAAAAAGAUUCAAAUAGUUUUUGCGCUGUAUCUUGUAAACUAACAACCUUACAGAAAAUUUUAAUCGGCUUUAUUUGUAGUAAAUCAAAUUUUCUACAACUUUAGUUCCAUUAUUGUUUUGUCCAAAAUGUAAAAUAAAGAAGUUAUAAACAAUAAUAAAACGUGUUCCUACAUCGCUAUUAAAAAAAAGAUUCAAAUAGUUUUUGCGCUGUAUCUUGUAAACUAACAACCUCACAGAAAAUUUCAUACGACAUUAUUUGUAGUAAAUCAAAUUUUCUACAACUUUCUUUCCAUUAUUUUUUUGUCCAAAAUGUAAAAUAAAAAAGUUAUAAACAAUAAUAAAACGUGUUCCUACAUCGCUAUUAAAAAAAAGAUACAAAUAGUUUUUGCGCUGUAUCUUGUAAACUAACAACCUUACAGAAAAUUUUAAUCGGCUUUAUUUGUAGUAAAUCAAAUUUUCUACAACUUUCUUUCCAUUAUUGUUUUGUCCAAAAUGUAAAAUAAAAAAGUUAUAAGCAAGAAAAUAACUCGUUUCUACUUAGCCAUAUAAAAAGAGCGAUACAAAUAGUUUUUGCACUGUAUCUCGUAAACUAACAACCUCACAGAAAAUUUCAUACGACAUUAUUUGUAGUAAAUCAAAUUUUCUACAACUUUAGUUCUAAUACUUUUUGGUUCAAAAUGUAAAAUAAAAAAGUUAUAAACAGUAAUAACUGAACAAUAUUUAAAUAAUUCUUUUGAGCGAUAUAACUUUUUUUUCAGACUAUUGUUGUUUAUAACUUUUUUAUUUUAGAUUUUACGGGAAAAAGUAUUAGAAACAAAGUUGUAGAUAAUUAAAUUUACUACAAAUAAUGAUGUAUAAAAUUUUCUGUAGGAUUGUUAGUUUACGGGAUACAGCGCGCGAAAACACUUCCUUGCGUUUUUCACGUUCUUACAUUGAAGUUUGAUUAAAAUAAAAUUAAAAAUGACUUUUUCCAAGGAAAUUGAUAAUAAAAAAUUCCAAUUAGUGGGACGUACUGUAUAUAAUUUAUGUAUUUAUCACUGUGGCGCCAUAUAUAAGCUUAAUAUAUAGUUAUAUAUCCCUUAUAAAUAUAGUAUUACCCCUAAAUUUUUAUUCGGUGCUAUAUAAAUCGAAAAUUAUUUAAAAAAAAAAAACUAAAAUAUAUCCAAAAAAGAAUUUGCGUCGUCAUCAUUCUCCAACGUUCUCCAAAUUUUAUCUCUCCACGUUCCAUUUCCAUUUUCCAUAAAUUGCAGGUCCUCUCCAUUGUCCUAGAACCUUUCUACGGUCUCCCAAUUUUCUAUAUUUCCAAAUUUCGUCUCUCCACGUUUUAUUUCCAUUCUCCUCAACCUGCAGAUCCUUACCAUACUCCUAGAAUUUUUUUUUGAACUUCCGCUUUAUAUAUUAAAAUCACAUUCUAGAUAUUUCUGAUUCUGGUAAUUUCUAAAUUAACGUAAAUGUAUGAAAACAGACGCUUUACUUAAUUUUUAGUUUCUAUGAUGACAUAUUGGAACAGGACCGACUUCACGGUCUAUAUCAGUGGACGAGUUCGUAUGUUAUGUUUUUAAUUGUUUUUUUUUUUGGAUAUAAUAGUUUGGAAUUUUGCAAUAACAGUAUUAUUUAAUUUUGCUCAAGCUUUUUUGAACAAUAUACCACUUUUUCGAACCAAAAUAAAACGUUAACCAUUUUUACAUCGAAUUUAUACUAUUUUUUCUAAAAUUUCGGUACCUAUUAUAAAAAUAGAAGUGAUUAAUGAUUUCUAAAUAUAUAUUUGUUGAUGAACCGUGAAACUACAUCGUAAAAUCGAUUAGUACAGUGAAUUGGUAUCUGAUUCGGUAUCGAUACAGAAAAAAUAGAAAAUAGUGCCUAAGAAUUGCCACAGUAUUGUUAUAUAAGUUUAAUUUUUUAGUUUUAUUUUGUUAUGUUUUAGGAAAUUACAUCGUUUUCAGAAUUUUAUCCUAUCAACUUCAUCCUCUAGUCCGUCCAGUCUCAAUUCAAAUAAAUACUAUUUGUAAUAUUUUGUAUGGUUUUAAAACAACUUGUAUAAAUAUAUUAAUAAAUAUCCGUAAUGUAUAUAAA